AUGUCCCCGCCGACCAUUCAGCUCAACGAAGGAACAGGCGCGGCACACAAGGCUGGCAGCUUGGACAGCGACAAGCCCCCUGGUACGCAGGCUGCGAGCGGUGAUAUUCCUCAUGGGGAUGUUUUUCAUGAACGCUUGAACGCAAUAGAGGGCAAAUUCGACCUGAUCAGUACUAUGUUCGGUGUCCAAGGGCCAGUUGAUAAAUCAGUGCACGACAGUGAUACGGAAUCCUCUUCAUACGACUCAGACUCCUCAGACAGGCAAGACCAGGUUAUCUCCGACCUUCUCUGGGCGCUAAGGCGAGUAAAAAGAGCAUACACCAGAGAGGUAAAAUUGAAGGAACGGCGAAAGAGAUUGCGGAGGGCAACCAAGACAGAGACUCGACCUGUUGAGCCAGAAUCCCUCAAGCAGAUCAGCAUGAAGGCUCUAUUGGAAAAUCGUCCGGCAAGAGUACUUCAGGUCGACUGGGAUCUCUUCAUGAAAGACAAAGGAGAACCCGAGAAUUCGGCCCUGGCUCCCAUCGAUGCCGUCAUUGGUAAAACCGAGCCGAAUGUCAUACUGCAGCUCACAACUCGGGAUCGCAACCCAUCAAGGACAAAGCCUCCAAGCCAUCGUCCCCUAGACAGGGACACAGACUUCGCCAACGCCGAUCCUUCGAUGCAGCGUGCCCUCCCCGAGAGAAUCAAGAUUCAUUCUAGCCCUCUAUUGACUAUCAUGGACGAAGUUUCGGACGUUAGCCAUGGGGUUGCUCCAGAUGGAUCAAUGGUAUACUUGAGGCCAUUCAGGGAGCUCUAUUUCUAUGCAAGGCAAUUGGGAGAAAAGCUUGCGGACUUGGAACGGAGCUUCGAGAGCUACAAAACAACUGUUAACGAGGCAUCGUCGAUGGCAAUUCAGGAUGUCACAGCUGCGAACAUUUCCGCAGAAAAGUCCGCAGCUACUAGCUCAGUUGACCACGGCGCGGACCAACACGUCUACGACCAGAGGAGUGCACCAUCUUGUCGAGAUGCCAACCAGGGUGAUGAAGUCGAGGAACCUGAUGUGGGAAAGAACAGCAACGAGGACACGCCAACUUAUCCAACAGCCUUACUGCACUUGCGCUGCUUGAUGGGGUUCAUCCGCACUGAGAUUCUUGCCAAGUCCCAGUACAUUGGAAGUCGUGACUGCCGCAAGUUAACCUUCCAGGACCUCUGGUACCUCUUCCAGCCUGGGCAUGAGACUUUGGUCAAUCGCGGGAGGCUGCUACAAGGUGUCGCCAAGUUCAAAUUCAAACCCAUGUACUACAUGGGCACGACUCUAGACACCCGAGAUGAGAUUGACAGCCAGGUUGUUGUUGACUUCAAUGAAGCCCUAGCAAACGAGACCAAGAAACACUGGAGACCGACAAUCGCGCCCAUCAACCCCGCCCGAGACCACGACUAUGACGAUGUGUGUAUGGCUGCUUGCUGCCGCUCCCAAGUCGUCCAUGAUGACUCAGAUGUCGACUCACGUCUUACGGAAGCUUUCGUCAAGACUUUGAUCCCUGACAAUACGUUCGGGGCACCGUCCCUCAUCCUUUCACCUCGCCCUUUGGACGAAAUCACUAGUGACGAGAAUGGGCCAACAGAGGGAGAAUUCGUAUUGAUGACGUACCGGGUCUUCGGUUUCGUACUACGAAGUCGAAAGUGGGCUCAGCUCGAUCUCACCUUCCUGAGAUACGAAAAUGUCGAUGCCAGGAACACGACUCUCAACGCUUUUGACAGGCUCGAGCUUCUCUCGGGCCACCGUGAGAUGGUAAAGUCACUUGUAACGCAACACUUCCGUCACGAAAAAGCGAGGGACGAGCAAACGGACUUGGUGAAGGGGAAAGGCAAGGCACAAAUCUUACUCCUGCACGGAGCCCCAGGCGUCGGAAAGACUACUACAGCCGAGGGCGUGGCAGAGCGAUUCAAGAGACCACUGUUCCGGAUAACGUGCGGUGAUCUUGGGACCACUGCCAAAGAGGUUGAAUCUGAGCUCGAGAAAAACUUUGCGUUGGCAAGUCGAUGGGGCUGCAUUCUGCUCUUAGACGAAGCCGAUGUUUUUCUCUCUGCAAGAGAGAGGAAAGACUUCGCUCGGAAUGGUUUAGUAGCAGAGUACUACGCUGGGAUCCUCUUCCUCACCACCAACCGUCUGGGCGAUAUCGACGAAGCCUUCGCGUCUCGAAUCCACAUGAGUCUCUUUUACCCGGAACUUGAUGAGAUAAAAACGCGAAAGAUAUUCAAGCUGAACCUCGACCUCACCAAUGAGCGUUUCAAGCGUCAAGGGCGUGUCGUCAACUACGACCCUUCUUCCAUCCAGACUUUUGCCAGGAAUCACUUUGUAGAGCACCCGUACAACCGAUGGGACGGACGGCAGAUCCGCAACGCAUGUCAGACCGCGCUUGCUCUGGCUGAGUUCGAUGCGCACGGCGGGAAGAUGGAAGGCGAUAUCGACGUGAACGUGGUCGUCGAGCUGCAGCUCAAGUAUUUCGAGAUCGUGCAGUCUGCGUAUCUUGAUUUUGGGCACUACUUGGGCGAUAUUCGCGGGACGCAAGGGGACCGGAGGGCCAUCGACUAUGGCCUGCGAGCGAGGACCGAGACGCCAUAUCAAACCACACCGAGCCGGUUUUCCAGGAAGGCAGAAGAGUUCAGGUCGACCGCAAAGGGUACUGGCAGUAUUCCACCCAAACCGGAAUACCAAGGAGAACCUUUCCAAUUUCAACUUCCGGUGAACCAGGGCUACUCUAUGGGAUCAAUUCAGAAUAUGGGACCGUUUUAUGGACAAUAUCCACAACAAGCGCAGCUUAUGGGCCCGACGAGUAUGGGAUACGAACGUCAGCAAAGCCAGACGGACCCACGCCUUUUCCAGGGUCAGCAAGGUCAGGGGUGGGGUAGUACUCCUUCAGGCAUGAACUUCAACCUCGGCGCUCAAGCUCUUCACAACCAAGCUCAGUACGUCUAUAACAACUCGCAGCAGGGCUUGAGUCCACAUUAUGCUGGUGUGUCUUCGCCGGAUACCUCUGUGCAGACGUCUCAACACAGCAUUGGAUCGUGGGUAGAUGCACUGUCAGCUCAAAGGCCCGCGCCAUCUUCGGGGGCUGGCGCUGCUCGGACAUGA